UCUAAUAGAGGGCGAAGGUCUGGGGGAGGGUUGCAUGGUUCUGAGAGGGGGGAGGUUCUGUAAGUUCUGUUGGUUCUGUAGGUUCUUCUGGAUCUGUAGGGUCCCUGGGGGGACAGAGAGGAGCUGCUGGAUGGAUCCCUUCAUGAUGGUCAAAUCACAGAGGAAUCAGUGGUCAUUCCUCCUUCUGGUACACUGAAUGGAGCCCAGGAAAAGGUGGGGCUCUCUGUCUGGGUGAGUCCUCCUUACACUUCAAACUCCUCAAAAGACCAGUGAAAUGCAGAGCAGGUUGUCUCAGGAGAGCCCUUUGUCUCCUCUCGGCUUCAGUGCAGAUGGUCUGAAGCACGAGCACCACCAUGCCGGAGGAGGGUCCACCGUGAGGUCAUCACGUGGAACGCGGUCUGAGGCAGAGCUACAAGAACUGAUGGAAACGCUGCAGCGCAGAAAGCUCCUCUUGGAAGCGAGCCUGCGGACCAAUGAGGAAUACCUGAGCUUGAGCCGGUCCCUGCCUCUUGGCUCCAGCCCUCAUCCCCUAUCGACCAUCGCCGGUCCCCAUUACCAGGAGCAGAGCUGGCGUCACCACAACACUGAGCGUCCACCCCUCUUCAUCAAAGCAUCCAGUAAUGUGAAAAGCAUCAGCAUGCCUCCCUCUCCUCGCCAUAGCAACAGUGAGACCCGAGAUGGUGACAGGGAUCGUCCCCUCAGCCCUACCCACCGGCCCUCCCGUACCAAUGUGCGGCACCUGUCCCAGGACAGUGUACUUCUCCUGGAGUCCAUAGAGGGGCGCCGCCUGCUCUCCAUGUGGAACGGCUCACCUUCAGAACGCAUGAAGUUAGGGGGCAUCAGUGGAGCAGCCAGCAUGCCAUCCAGUCCCCGGCUGGGGCGCCGCUUUCACACGCAGGAGGCAGUGGGAUCACGGGGAGGGACGGACUUGGCAUUCCGAAACAGGAAAUAUUCAGCAGGAUCUCUAACUAGCUUGGGUGCCUAUAGUCGCUCGCUGCCGCGCCUUUACAAGUCUGCUGAGAGUCCUGUAUUCUCUUUGCCUCCCCGCCGCUCGGUGGGCACCACCAGCGCAGGAACGGAACCUGUGCUGCUGUGCCCACGGCCUCGGCGGAGCCUGGCUGUGCUGGAGCAGCCCCCUGAUGUAACUGUGCCUGCCAGCGUCCCUGCCAGCCCACGCCUUUCUCGGAGGAGGAAUCUCUCAUCCUCAGGCUCCAUUGGCGAUGUGGAGAGAAAUGGGCUGCGUGGGUCCUCGCCCUGCCUUGAUCUUGGCCAGGGGGAAAGGAGGUCCUCAUUUGGGAAGGCAGGCCUAGGGGUGGGACAGGGAGCCAUCCGUGAACGACGAGGUAGCAUCAGUUCCCUGAGCGGGAAGGAGGAGCUUAGAGACUAUCAUCAAAGACAGAGAGAUGAGAGGCUGAGGGAGCAGGAGGUGGAGAGGCUGGAGCGCCAACGAUUAGAGACUAUCCUCACUCUCUGUUCAGAGCGUGAACGUGGUGGCUCAGCUGUUGCUGACCUGCAGAAGAUCAACAGGGAGCUGGAGAAGCUGCAAGUGUCAGACGAUGAGUCUGUCUUUUUCGAUUCCACCAGCUAUGAGGUCCAGGGCCGUCAGCGCCAACACAGUGGCCAACACGAUGUCUUCAGGACUACCCCUUCCCCUCGCCUGCCUGGGACCAAGGCCCCCGAGUCAGUGGAAGAUGGACAGUUGAAACAGGAAGUGACCCGUAUCGAAGAGGAGAGAAUCCAGGUGCUGAAUAAUAUGGAAGAGCUGGAACAGAAAAUCAAAGAUCUGGAUAACCAGAUGGAGGAGUCCAUCAGAGAGAUGGAUCUGGAACGAGCCUUGCUGGAGGGCGAACAACAGGCAGAGACAGAACAGUUACAGCAGGACAAGGAGCUCCUUGAGCAGCUCAACCAGAAACUUGUACAUUUGGAGAGCAGUGCACAGGCUGACAGUGCCAUGGCAAAAGCCCAGCUUGAUGCCGAGAGGGUAAAGGUAGCGAGGCUGGCGGAGCUUCUCUCCGAACAGAAGAUCCAGCUUGACACCUGUCCUGAGGCUCUCAGGGAGCAGCUCCAACAGCAGCUCUCCAGGGAUGCUGAGGCACUGGAGGUGGAGACAAAGCGAUUUGAGGACUUGGAGUUCCAGCAACUGGAGAGGGAGAGUCGUCAGGAUGAGGAGAAGGAGACUCACACGCAGCAGCUACUGCGAGACAUCGCCGAGUAUCAGCGUAGCAUGGUCACACGAAAGGAGAGACUUCUCACCCUGAAGAAGCAGUCAGGCCAGAUUACCCAGCAGUCUCAGAGGGAGAAGGACAGCUUCCUGAAAGAGAGGAGUAACCUGUUGUGCAUGCUUCAGAGGGAGAAGGAGAAGUUGGAGAGCCUGGAGAGGAAGUACUCAGAAAUCACUGGGGGAAAGGAUUUCCCACUCAGCCCUAUAACCUUGAAGGAGCAGCAGUUCCACACCAUGGAGGAGAGAAAAAGGACAGGAAAGGAGGUGGGCUCUCAGCUCAGUGAAACUGUGCCACGUAAAAAGAGCCAGUCAAUUACGUCUCCAACACUGAGCAGUGUCACACAUGGCCGCGGCCUGGCAUCUAAGGCCCACAUUCCCCUAGCUCAGAGCUCCAGCUGUGGAAGUGUUCUAAACCGCUGUCUGGAGACCCGAAGACUGCCCAAAGGUAUGAACACCCUCUCAGUGAGCGAGGAGCAAAGGCUGCGAGUUGGCGACCUGUGCACCAGGGCUGCCUCCCAGUCCAGUGUCUUCCUGCAGACUUUGUCCUAUGGUGACAACGGCCACGCCUUCGACACGCUGAGCAUCGACAGCUCGGACAGUAUGGAGACCAGCAUCUCGGCUUGCUCACCUGACAACAUCUCCAGUGCCAGCACUGCCAAUGCCGCCAAGGUGGAGGAGAUGGAGAAGCUGCUGCGAGAAGCCCAGGCCGAGAAAAUCCGGCUCCUCGAAAUGCGGGAGCGGGAAAUGGAGGUGCGCAGGCAGGCACUGGAGGAGGAGAGGAGACGCAGGGAAGAGCUGGAGAAGCGGUUGCAGGAAGAGACCAGCAGGAGGCAGAAGCUCAUAGAGAGAGAAGUGAAGCUGAGGGAGAAACAGAGAGCGCAGUCCCGCCCCCUCACUCGCUAUCUGCCCGUAAGGAGGGAUGAUUUUGACCUGCGCGGCCACAUCGAGGCAGCAGGCCACCACACAGACACUUGCUUCCAUGUGUCGCUGACGGAGAAGACUUGCCGUGGGUUCCUGGUCAAGAUGGGUGGCAAGAUCAAGACCUGGAAGAAACGCUGGUUUGUCUUUGACCGCAAUCGCCGCACCCUGUCCUACUAUGCAGAUAAACACGAGGCCAAAAUGAAGGGCGUCAUAUACUUCCAGGCCAUUGAGGAGGUGUACUAUGAUCACCUGAAGAAUGCUCACAAGAGCCCCAAUCCGUCACUGACGUUCAGCGUGAAGACUCACGACCGCGUGUACUACAUGGUGGCACCAUCGCCGGAGGCCAUGCGCAUCUGGAUGGAUGUGAUCGUGACGGGCGCUGAGGGCUACACCCAUUUCAUGGUCUAAACAUAGCUACCCUGGCUAAUGAAUUGGGCCACAGCACACAAGUCCUGCUCUCUUAGUUCCACUAGUAUUGCCCUCUCCACUUUCCUCUCAUUGCUCCACCCACAUCCUUUUGCUCCACCCACCUUUUCCUCUCAUUCUCUGUUAUCCUCUCAUUGAUCAGCACGUCUUCAAAAGCCUCUCCUUGCCUCAUUGUUCCUUCUAUCUCUACAGCGCCUCCCCCCUUAUUUGUCGUAUUACUCCACCUACCCCUAUAGUUCCUCCCUUCAUUUAUCCUAUUACUACACCCAUCCCAACAGCACCUCCCUUCAUUUGUCUUAUUGCUCUGCCCUCCUUUCAUUAUCCAUCCCAUAUUCAUAAAGUGGCACUGGCCCUCGUUUGCCUUGAUACUGCACACCACAGAAAUGGGUGUUUAUAGCUGGUGCUAAAUAACAUUACAGGACCUGCUGGACCCCCAGGACCCAUCCAGGGCACUGAGCUGUCCGAGAGGUUAUGGGUCAUGCCAGUAAUUGUACCAAAGAACAGCACAUAAAGACACCAUGGAGACGGUGUGUGCCCACGUUUUACUGCCGUUUCUACGUGUCUGUGGAGCUCAGGGACCGAGCCCUGCUGACGGCACAUCUACUCCCCAUGGUACAGACUUUAACCCUACCCUGUUCUUAUACUGCCAAAGUUGUUAUACGUAUUUUAUAUUUUUACUGAGUUUAUUUUAACCUGAGAAGCCAGAAAUGGAUUUCAGAGGCAUGGAUACUGUCACACUCUCCUGAAAGUGUGUGUAUGAAUGUGCCCCUACAUGCAGGUAUGUGUGCCAAAUGUUGCAUGGGUGUGUCAGUGCGUACUCAAGCCAGGACACGCACAUACAGUAGGUAUGUCUGAACGUAUGUCACCAGGGUUCUCUUAAACAAUUAAAGAUGAAUAAAUACAGUUUUGCCAGCACAAAAAUGUUACCACUACAGUAUCACUAGGGGGCACUAUGAAUGCAUUUCUAUUUUUACACUUUGAUACAGCAGAGAAAUUUGUGAGAAAGCCAAAUAUUCUCGCUCAGAUGAAAAUGAGCACCAGUUCCUAAGCUACUGCUCGACCCUGCUGGCCCUCAUAUACGGGUAGUGAAUAGCCAAUCCCAGCCUCAUAUUUCACCUAUUUGUACUCUUGCUACAUAUAUAUACAUAAUACUGAAAAAUGUUAGUAUUCUUUAUUGGGCAACAAGUGCACUCCUUUGCGGGGCACCUGUUUGUAAGCAUGAGAGAAACCAGAGUGGAUGGAAGACAGUGACAAUGGUGGCGGUCAGACAGGUACUAUGAAGUGCUGCUGUCAGCCUUGUAAUGGUGCUGUUGGCAGCAGUUUAAACAAGGAGAGAGUGCUCUUGUUUCAAAAUACUGUAAUGCUAUAGACUGCACCAUCUGCCUUAUCACCUUAAGAACUUAUAUAUAAUUAAUCAAAGUCUUAUUACAACAUUUGCUAUGCAUGUUUUUGUUUAUUUUUUUUGAUACAGAUCAAUAAAGCCCAAAC